UUUGGUCAGUGCAUUUUUUUUCGAUAUCCAACGAUAAAUAAAUCACACAUAUUACAGUUGCUGCGAACGGGGAUUUGCCUUGUCUAAUAGACGAUCUUCGGCUCAGUGCAUAUCCAACGUUGAAUAAAAAAUGAAAAUAAAUCAGUAACAAAACUAAAACUACACCCGUCGCGAACUGAAAGAGUGACUCUCCGUGUUGUCGAACAGACGAUCUUCGGCGCGGCUCUGACGUGCGUCGGUUCGUCACGUGACCCCGAGGAAUGCGAACAAUGCAGCGGAGCGUCCAACUCUGCGCGCUGCAGUUUCUGCUCCUGCUGCCCGGAGUCCAAGGGGAGAAAAUGGAGGCUGGUUCCAUCACGUCUAAACGGUUCCCCCGUCUUCACCGAACCGAACAACGGCUUUAAAAAGAAGAAAAAACUCGUCUUUUUAACCGGAAUUUUGAGCCCGGAUUAUUCUCGCUACUUCUAUCACAUGGCGACCGGCAGCGUCAUGGCGUAGCUCCGCGGCGCCCUCGUGACCGGCUGCAUUUCCUGGAAUAAGCUGGAACCCGAGCCUUGAAAAGCCCCACCGUGGAAUGCCGGUAGUACCCGAAGCUCGCCAUCCUCAUCAUCAUCAUCAUCAUCGUCGUCGUCAGGAAUCGCAAAGAGAGACACGGAGGAGGACUCGCGAGUCUCCCGGAGAAGCUUUGCUAUUUUGGGUCGGGCAGCUCGAAGAGGAUCUUUUGGAUUCCCCCCCCCCCCCCCUCCUCUAGAGUAGCCCUGAGGCCAUGAGGCCCAAGACGUUCCCAGCGGCGCCGUACGUGGGCAACACGCGCCAGAGGCUCCAGGAGAUCAAGGAGGGCUUGAAGCAGCCGGCCAAGCUGGUGAGCCAGGCGCUGCUCGGCGUCGGCUCCCGGAGCGACCGCGGCGCCGACUGCAAGAGCAACGGGAAGGACGCCGCCGGCCGGCAGCAGCAACAACUGCGCCCGCCGCAGAAGUUCAACAACUACCAGAAUGCACUGCGGGAAAUACGCAAGUCGCUCAUGCCCUUCGCCAACGAGUCGGGCCCGUCGCCGUCGGCCGGGUCGGGGCACGCCGCCGGGGUCGGGGAGGUCAACCGGCAGAUGCUGCAGGAGCUGGUCAACGCCGGCUGUGACCAGGAGAUGGCGGUGCGAGCGCUGAAGCAGACAGGAAGUAGGAACAUCGAAGCGGCCUUGGAGUACAUCAGUAAGAUGGGAUACCUCGACCCGCGCAACGAGCUCAUCGUGCGCGUCAUCAAGCAGACGUCGCCAGGGAAAGCUGUCAUGCCAAACCCGAUGGAGGCUCCGGGUGAAGCCGGUGUAAUGCCUCAGUACCACCAGAUGGGGGCUCCCAUGUACGAGGGUCCGGGUGGAUACGGCCCCGAGGGCGAGAUGCCCAGACCGUACAUGAGUCCCCCCGUGAUGAACUACAUGAUGCCCCCGUCUGGUGCGGCGCAGGGCCCUGCCAUGGGGAACCCGAUGGGCCGCCCCCCCGGCAUGGUCACCUAUCCGCCGGUGAUGGCCGCCCAGAGCAACUCGGCCAACGCCAUGUACCCGCCGGGGGCCCAGCAGAAGGGCUACCCCGGCGGGAUGGAGCAGCACGGACCCAUGAUGAGCUACACCGUCCCCGGCCAGCCGCUGCAGCUCCAGCCUCAGCCACCGGGGGGCCCGGUCCCAGGCCCUCACUACGACUACGGCCACGCCAGGCCGCACAUGAUGGAGCCCGCCGGCUACGGAGUCAAGAGGACCGCCUCCUUCCAGAGCAAGAUGGCGCCAGGGCCCAUGGGCCAGAACGUUCCUGUGGGCGGAGGGUACCCGGCCAACCUGUACCUGCCCCCUCAUUCCCACCCGCGCCAGGCCAGCCCCACCUCCCACCAGGUCCACAUGAUGUCCCGCUCCCCGGGCGGCGCGGCGGCGGCCAUGGGCCCCGACUUCUCGGACAUGCCGCAGUGCCUGAUGACGCCCUCCAGGGCCAGCCUCAACCUGGACCUGUACGAGCACCACUGGGCGGGGCCUCCGGGGGCCGAAGGUGCGCCUCAGGCCAGGCAGCCCCAGCCCCAGGGCCCCUUCAGGGGGGAGGUCCGCGCACCCAGCAGAACCAACUCCUUCAACAGUCGCUCCGCGGGGCCCAACGGCGUCCGGCCCGCGAUGGCGGCGCCGUCCGCAGCCGGCAAACAGGACCCCUCCCUGGGCCUCCCGAACACCAUCACGGCGGUGACAUCCCCGCCCAUCCAACAGCCGGUCAAGAGCAUCCGCGUGAUGAGGCCGGAGCCCAAGACGGCCGUGGGGCCGUGCCACCCCAGCUGGAUGACGGCCCAGGAGGCCGCGGAGCCUCUGGCCUACAUGCCGGAGGAGACCUACCCCCUGGAGCCGGCACCGGAGCCCCGCUGCCCCCCGCCGCCUUACCCCAAGAGCCUGCUCAUGGAGGAAGGAGCCGGGGUCAUGUGUGGAGCCCAGGACGCCGCCGCCGCCGCCAGGAGCACACCCGGCGGCGGCGGAGGGAGCGCGAAGGCCGAGGAGAGCCAGCAGGUGAAGGAGAAGACGAAGACGGGCAAGGGAGAGAAGGCGGUGAAGGACAAGAAGCAGAUCCAGACGUCGCCGGUUCCGGUGAGGAAGAACGGGCGGGACGAGGAGAAGAGGGAGUCGCGCAUCAAGACCUACUCGCCCUUCGCCUUCAAGUUCUACAUGGAGCAGCACAUCGAGAAUGUGAUGAAGACCCACCAGCAGAAGCUGAACCGCCGGCUCCAGCUGGAGCAGGAGAUGUCAAAGGCCGGCCUGUCGGAGGCGGAGCAGGAGCAGAUGAGGAAGAUGCUGAACCAGAAGGAGUCCAACUACAACCGGCUACGCCGAGCCAAGAUGGACAAGUCCAUGUUCGUCAAGAUCAAGACGCUGGGCAUCGGCGCCUUCGGCGAAGUGUCCCUCACGCGUAAAGUGGACACGGGGGCGCUCUACGCCAUGAAGACGCUGCGCAAGAAAGACGUCCUCAACCGCAACCAGGUGGCCCACGUGAAAGCGGAGCGCGACAUCCUGGCGGAGGCCGACAACGAGUGGGUGGUGCGUCUCUACUACUCCUUCCAGGACCACAACAGCCUCUACUUCGUCAUGGACUACAUCCCCGGCGGAGACAUGAUGAGCCUGCUCAUCCGGAUGGGCGUCUUCCCCGAGCCGCUGGCGCGCUUCUACGUGGCGGAGCUGACGCUGGCCAUCGAGAGCGUGCACAAGAUGGGCUUCAUCCACCGCGACAUCAAGCCCGACAACAUCCUCAUCGACCUGGACGGACACAUCAAGCUGACGGACUUCGGCCUGUGCACGGGCUUCCGCUGGACGCACAACUCCAAGUACUACCAGAAAGGGAGCCACGUCCGACAGGACAGCAUGGAGCCCAGUGACUUCUGGGACGACGUGUCCAACUGCCGCUGCGGCGACCGGCUGGCGUCGCUGGAGCAGAGCGCCAACCGGCAGCACCAGCGCUGCCUGGCUCACUCUCUGGUGGGAACGCCCAACUACAUCGCGCCGGAGGUGCUGCUGCGCAAAGGUUACACCCAGCUGUGUGACUGGUGGAGUGUGGGAGUGAUCCUGUUUGAGAUGCUGGUGGGACAGCCGCCCUUCCUGGCCUCCACGCCCACCGAGACUCAGAUCAAGGUCAUUAACUGGGAGAGCACGCUGCAGGUGCCCGCGCAGGUCAAGCUCAGCCCCGAGGCCGUCGACAUCAUCGGCCGCCUCUGCUGCUCCGCGGAGGAUCGCCUGGGCGCCAAUGGCGCCGGCGAGAUCAAGGCCCACCCCUUCUUCACCCAGAUGGACUUCUCCAGCAACCUGCGGCAGCAGCCGGCGCCCUACCGGCCCAAGAUCGCCCACCCGAUGGACACGUCCAACUUCGACCCCGUGGAGGAGGAGGGCGUCCCCGGGGCGUGGAGCGACAGCGGCGACGGCACGCGGGCGCUGGACGCGCUGUGCUCGCCGCACGGGAAGCACCCGGAGCACGCCUUCUACGAGUUCACCUUCCGCAGGUUCUUCGACGACCACGGCUGCCCCUUCCGCUACCCCAAGCCGCUCGAGGCCAGCGGGGCGUCGCCGAGCGCCGGGCGGGACGGCGAGGAGAACGAGGAAGAUGAAGAAGAAGAACAAGAAGAGGACGAUGUGGAGGAGGAGGAGGGAGAGCAGGGGGAGGGGUGCGAGCCGGUGUACGUGUAGAGACUGAGCGGCGUGCGUCUAUCGAACAAACACAAACCUCCCCCGAUCCGGGACCAAGAGACGACCUUCUGCGAGAGCGGAGCGGCGAGUAUUCUUUUGGCAGCGUAAAAAAACAACAACGUCUGGAUCACGGACGAGAUGUUGAGGAUUCAUUCCUUCCGAACGCCCUCGCGUCUUAAAACGGGACGACUUGAAGCGGGCGGGAGUGGAAACGUGGAUUUGCAGGAAGAGGAGGAGCCUGAACGAGUGACACGCCUCUUUUCACAGCUGCUGCAAAAAUAAGCUACAAAGACACACACACACACUCACUCACUCUCGUAUUCAGUCAUACAGGGUAAGGGGUGGGAGAGGAAACAAAGAAUAAGACGACGUCUCCGCAGGUUAAAUUUCAGCGUCCGUAUUUCAAGAAGUCGGCUCCACGGACAGAUGCUUCUUCGUUGGUGUUUCAGGCAGCAGGAAAACCAAAAUGAAUCCUUUUGAUCCUCGUCCGCCGCGUUUGGUGCCGACCGGCGUUCAGGGCGGCGUUUCGAUGGAGUCGACCCGCUCCUCGGAUACAAAGAGUUCUCAAGUCGAGUUAAAUGGCGCUUUUAAAGUGGACUUCAAGCGCUUUUCCAGAAGAGGCGGAGCUGCCUCGAUACUGAAAAAAAGCAUUUAAAUACAUUAAAAUGUGCAUAAAAGGCAAUAAAUCAAUAUUAAAAACAGCAGAUUUAAAAACCAGAAACCUCUUCGUACUAACCGUGUGUUUAUAUACGCUUCCUGCUCCGGAUCCUUUUUUAUUACAACGGACCAUUUUCAAAGCUGCCCGACAACAACCCGACCAACGGGAGUCGGGUGAGUUUUAUUUAUCAGAAAUAACAGGAAUAAUUAGAUCGAGGACGCAAGGAAAGAUCGUUCUAGUUCUACUUCUUAAGGAACGCGCCGUUUCUCCGCCUUUGUUUUUAAGGACAAAAAUACUUUAAAAAAAAAAAACAUUUAAGUACAGAGCAACCAGAGACAGAACCCCGUCGGGUGGGAUGGUGCCGAGUUGGUUUCUGACUGAAAAUCACAGCUCCAACACACACACACACACACACACACAUAUAUAUAUAUCCAACUGAACCGGCCUCCUCUUUAUCUUCAGGAGGCAUCAUGACAAAGGUUUCUUGUGAUAGUUUGACUAUGUGCAAUACAAAAAAAUAUACAUUAUAUAUAGUUUUCUAAACACUUAAUAUCAUUUUUUCUUUUUUUUAACGUUUUUCCUUUUUGUACUGACGUACAAAUAUAUUGUUUUUUAUAUAUAUAAAUAUAUAUUUCUUUUUUUUCAGUUACAACAUGCUGCUUAUUAUUGUGGUUAAUAUUAUUUACAUUAUUAUUGUUAUUAUUAUUAUUACCUGUUUCCUCCCCCUCCCCCCCCUUUUUUUUGGGUUGUGGCUUUAAAAAAAAGUGUGCUUGUGUUUUUUAAAAGUAACGUGCCUUUUUUAGUUGAAUGUUGGGAGUUUGUGAUGAUGAUGAUGAGGAUGUUGAUGAUGAUGAUCAGUGUUGGCAGAACAUGGAUGGUUAAGACUUUUCACCUCCUGCGGGCCGGGCUGGUCCUGGACCCGGGGGAGGAGGAUUCUGAUGAGGAGGAGGAGGAAGGUUGGCGUCAGGAACAAAGAGUUUGUGUUUGGUACAUUUUCUUUAUUUAUCCGAAAUGAUCACAAGUUUGUGCGUCACUUUUUUUUUUCGUUCCCUGUGCCUGCGUUCUUAUUGAUCGCCCCAAUACCUUCUUGCUUAUUGACAAUCAAUAACUGCUCUUUGUGUCAAACUGAACCGUUUGGUCAUUUAGCACCAAACCGCUCCAACAGUAUUUAAAAAAAAGAAGUAAAAAGUCAAGUGCUUCUCUGAUAACGGAGAAACGUGAGGAUCAGAUUUGUUACGGAGGAUUUUGUAUUUUAUUGUUGUUUUUUUCCGCCUGAAAAUGUAUUGAGUUUGUUUUUCUCUAAAUGCCUUUUUGUUCUCAAGUGAACGGAACAAUCUUAAAAUAUUGCAAUCUU